AUUCAUGUCAUGUGCCACCACACAACCAAAUUUCCUGGGACUCCAAUUCUCCAUCCGUUCUAACCCCCAUUCUCGUCUCUCCGAUCGACUCUGUCCUCGCCUUCUGGCUUCUUCUGCAUUUUCCUCUCUCGGUCUCCCACCUACCGGACCCAAAAACAUCUGUCUCUUUCAAAUAAGCUCCCUUCAUCUAACCCCACGCAAAAAAAAGACCUCACUUUGCCUUCAGGCCUUCCUUCCCAUUCAUCUGUAAAACAUCGGAAUUCCAUGGAGUCUGAUCCUGAGCGGCUCACGCUUUCGUCUCUCGGAAAGGUAGGAAAGUCCUCGGGUGAGAUUGGCGGUGCUGAGGAGCCUCUUCUUAAUGGCGUUCACAGUUCUGAACACUAUUCUGUUCUUGCCUCAAUUCUCCCUUUUCUCUUCCCUGCUCUCGGAGGACUACUAUAUGGCUAUGACAUUGGUGCUACAUCUUGUGCUACAAUUUCUGUAGAGUCAGCCACAUUGAGUGGAGUAUCGUGGUACAACUUAUCUUCUGUGGAGAUUGGUCUCGUAACUAGUGGCUCGUUAUAUGGUGCCUUGAUUGGCUCUAUCUUGGCCUUUAAUGUUGCUGACUUCCUAGGAAGAAGAAGGGAGUUGAUUGCAGCUUCUAUAUUGUACUUUGUGGGAGCUCUUGUAACAGCAUUAGCACCUGACUUGGCUGUUAUGGUCAUUGGACGCUUUGUGUUUGGCAUAGGAAUUGGACUGGCAAUGCAUGCAGCUCCUAUGUACAUUGCUGAGACAGCUCCUAGUAAGAUACGCGGUCGUCUAAUCUCUUUGAAAGAGUUCUUCAUAGUUCUUGGGAUGGUUGCAGGUUAUGGAAUUGGUAGCCUUUUAGUUGACAUUGUUGCUGGUUGGCGCUACAUGUAUGGAGCUAGUUCCCCCUUAGCAGUGAUCAUGGGAAUUGGAAUGUGGUGGCUACCAGCAUCACCUAGAUGGCUACUUUUACAUGCUAUACAGGGAAAGGGCAACAUGCAGGAAUUAAGAAAUCAUGCAAUAAAUUGCUUGUGCCGGCUUAGGGGUCCAGCUAUUGGUGACUCAGCUCCUGAAGAAGUGGAUGAGAUACUGACUGAGCUUUCAUAUUUUGGUGAUAACAAAGAAUUGUCUCUCAGGGAAAUGUUCCAGGGAAAAUGCUUGAAAGCCCUUACAAUUGGUGCUGGAUUAGUCUUGUUUCAACAGAUCACUGGGCAACCGAGUGUACUGUACUAUGCUGCAUCAAUCCUUCAGAGUGCAGGAUUCUCUGCAGCAUCUGAUGCGACACGCGUCUCAAUCUUACUUGGGUUAUUGAAGUUGAUCAUGACUGGAGCAGCCGUUCUUGUAGUUGAUAGACUUGGGAGGAGACCUUUAUUACUUGGAGGUGUAUCUGGGAUGGUUAUCUCUUUAUUCCUUCUGGGGUCCUAUUACCUUUUCUUGGAUGAUGUACCUGUUGUGGCGGUAGUUGCUCUGCUACUCUAUGUUGGGUGUUACCAGAUAUCCUUUGGUCCUAUUGGUUGGCUAAUGAUUUCAGAGAUCUUCCCAUUACGCCUUAGAGGGCGAGGACUCAGCAUUGCAGUGCUUGUGAAUUUUGGUGCAAAUGCUCUGGUGACAUUUGCGUUCUCUCCUUUGAAGGCGUGGCUGGGAGCUGGAAUAUUAUUUUAUGCAUUUGGGGCAAUUGCUGUGUUAUCUCUUAUCUUCAUAUUUUUUGUGGUACCAGAGACAAAGGGGCUUACUCUCGAGGAAAUCGAAGCGAAAUGCCUUUAGGAUUUUUUGCUUCCAUUUCCUCAUAUUGAGGUUUUAAUUUAAACCCCGGAUUAAGAAAUCCCUCCACAAUUUCAGAUAUGCAGGGAGAAACCAUAUGCUGUAUGUAAUCAAGUCGUCGUCUGUAACCAAACAAUAGUCACAAGUUGAAACAGAUGUUUUUAUUCUGUUCCUAUCAGAGCGUAGGAACAGAAUUUACAUGUCAAUUUUAUUCCCUAAGAUAUGCGUUAACAAUUCUCUUU